CCGGCGUGGAAGGUCAGGAAGGCGUCACUGGCCCAGCCCAAGGGAGCUCUGAGUUGAACAGACUGAGGUGCUCAGGGCUGAGCUCUCUUUCAUUCUCUUCAACUAGAAAAACUCUUUUUUUCUCUGUGUAGUUUUUAAUUCUUUGGAAUUAAAACUCUUUUUUUCUAUGUGGCUGUCAGAGAGACACUAGCUGUUCUCGCAAGCAGUUCCAUGGUCAUGGGUUUGCAUGUGCUCAGCAGCUGCAAAAGAAUUUGAAGGGAAAGGAAGUGCAAGCGCCAACUAGAUUAGAAAAUACUUCCAUGUUUUUACAAUACAACUGGAAGGAUGAGGCACCUCCAUGCUUCACAGCUGAAGGUGCAUAUGGUAACGGGCAAGCCAGACUCCUCCUGGGUUUAAGCAUCACAUACAAAUCCUCCCCGAUCAGUUAGAACAAACCUGUGCUGUCAACUACCACCGCCGACUGCCACAUGAGCAAGGACUAAACCUGUCCAGAGGAGCUUCUGAUCAGGAAAUCAGAUUUUCUAGGGUCUGGAAGAGUCAGUAUGUUGGAUCGGAUUCAUCUGCUGGCUGCUGUGACAGUCCUGGGAGUCCUGGAGCAAGCCUACUUCUUCCUCCAGGUGAUCUAUGCUAGGAGAGUGUUUGGCAUUUCUCCUCCAAAGAUCUCCGGCCCACCUGAAUUUGAGAGGAUCUUUCGAGCACAGGUGAACUCCUCUGAGUAUUUUCCCAUUUUCCUGGCACUUCUGUGGCAGGCUGGACUCUUCUUCCAUCAAGGUCUGGCCGCAGCCUUGGGUCUGCUCUACCUCUACGCCCGCUACUGCUACUUUAUGGGAUACAGGGCAUCUUCCUCAAAAAGGCUCGCCCCAAUAUACUUGAGCACUGGAGUUCUCUGGAUUCUCACUGCAGCGUCAGCCCUGGGCAUCUUGCACUUCUUCCUCUCUCACUACUUGGGGCUGAAUGUCCUCCUGCUUCUCACAGUGUGACCUGCUGCUCUGUCCCUCAUCGGUGUCCUUGCCUUCAAGUCCUGCUCCCUCCUACCCACAGUAAUAGACUGGAUGUACCUAAUACAGCCCCCAGUGACAAAGGCACCCUCAUGUGAGAUUUUAACAAAAAAAAUGAGGUUUUAACAGCUCCCUCCCCACUGUC